AUGAAGACAAACAUACAAAAUACACUUUGUAAAACAGUUCGUAAAGAAAAUUGUAUAAAAAAAAAAUUUGUAAUCAUUUUUCAAACCUUUUUCUUACUUGUAUAAUAAUUAAAGAAAGCACCGAAAAUAGAUCGCAAAAUUUGUGGUAAAACUAAUUGAGCACCAUGGGAGCCGCGAAUAUAAAACCCUAUUCUAAAACUGAGUCCCAAGCAUUUGCAAAGUUUGUGAAGAAUUACAAAAGAAAUCAUGUCCACCGGGACCAAGACGAGGUCAUGAGAUCGGCGGAAAAUGCCUGGGGAAAGCUAACUCCCCAUCAAAAAAAGCACUUUGAAGUAAAACCUAGACAAAUUUCUUUGAACAAAAAAGUGUCUGUCUCAAGACCGAAAAGGGCGAACAAGCAGAGGCAAGCUGUCUGCGGUAUGCGUAAAAAAGGCAAGAAAUUUGCCAAUUCAACGCGAUCUCGCUUAGGUCCUCAGAUGAGCACUGGCUUUUUACGUUAUUUGAAAGAAUACCAGAAAAAGAACAAAAAGGUGGAUCUUAAGAAAACGUUACAAAAGGGUGCAAGGGCAUGGGCAAAUCUCACAAAACGAGAGCAAGCAAAGUUUCGAAAAGUGGGUGCCAAAUAAAAAUCAAGGGCUUUUAAUCCAUGGCAUUUAGUAAACCAUUAAGUAUGUUUCUAAAAUUUUUGUAAAAACUGUCUUUUUAUCCAAAAUUUAUGUCAAGUUAACCUUAUAAUUAUUAUAAACUUAAUGUAACGUGAAUACAUGCGUCCAAUAAAAUAGAUGCGCUAUUAACCACGA